AUGUCUUUCUUUCUUUCUUUUUCUUUCUUUCUUUUCUUUCUUUCUUUCUUUCUUUCUUUUUUCUUUAACGUCUCAUGUAUUUCCACUUUCGUUUUUGAUAUCUCAUGCCUGUCUGAUUUCUUUCUUUCUUUCUUUCUUUCUUUCUUUCUAUUUCCUGACAAUAUUAUAUCGAUUAUAAACUGGUAUAUAUUCGCCCCUCCUCGCUCUCACCAUAUUCUCUCUCUCUCACAAUUCUCCCUCUUUUCUCUCUCUCUCUCUCUCUCUCUCUCUCUCUCUCUCUCUAUCUAUCUAUCUAGUUUGUUCAUAUCAAUUAGAUAUAAAGCAAACAUCGCAAGAUUCGGCGUCGAAAUCAAUCUAUCUAUCUAUCUAUCUAUCUAUCUAUCUAUCUAUCUAUCUAUCUAUCUAUCUAUCUAUCUAUGUCUGUUCAUUAUCUAUCUAUCUAUCUAUCUAUCUAUCUAUCUAUCUAUAUUCGCACACAUACACCCACGCAAGCACAAACGCAAAAAUAUGAGGUUUUGUCUUCCUCAGGCUCUUUGUGUCCAUCUUUCUAUAUCUCUCCGUUUGUCAAUUUCAAACAACCUGUCUGUUUCUCUCAGACUGUCUCCCUUUCUAUCUGUUUCUCUCAGACUGUCCCCCUUUCUGUCUGUUUCUCUCACACUGUCUCCCUUUCAAUAUACUGUCCCCCUUUCUGCCUGUUUCUCGAAGACUGACUCCUUUUCUGCCUGUUUCUCUCAGACUGACUCCCUUUCUCUCUGUUUCUCUCAGACUGACUCCCUUUCUGUCUGUUUCUCUCAGACUGUCCCCCUUUCUGUCGGUUUCUCUCACUGUUUCUCUUUCUGCCUAUUUCUCUUAAUCUCUCUCUCUUUCUGUUUCUUUCUCUCAAACUGUCUCCCUUCCUGCCUGUUUUUCUCUUACACUGUCUCCCUUUCUGUCUGUUUCUUUCAGAUUGUCUUCCUUUCUGUCUGUUUCUCAAUUUUUCUGUGUCUUUCUGUGUCUUUGCGCUAUGAUUAUAUCUAUCUAUCUAUCUAUCUAUCUAUCUAUCUAUCUAUCUAUCUAUCUAUCUAA